CCGCCAGGCGGAGCAGUUCUGUUUCUCUGCAGUCAGAUUGACAGGAGGCUCCUCAUCAGUCAGGCACCAUCUCCAUCAUACAACAGCGGCCUGUGAGAGAAAAAAUGUCCGAAAAGUCAUGGAAACUGUUGGAGGUGUCGCUCCAGCGCGGCGGCGGGACGCACCACGAUAUAAAGCACCGCAGCUCUGAUUUCCACUGAAGGCUCCGUCACCAUGUCCAUGGCUUAAUGAUGCGGCGUCACUGGCUGUUGGUUGGCGCUUGUGGAUGGGUGCUGCUCGUCCUUGUGUUCGCCAGCAAGUUCAUCAACUUCGGCUUCAGAAUGCCAGAUGACUAUGGGGGAAGGCCUGAACUGCUGAACUGGACCUUUCCAUCCAUAAAGACUGUGAAACCCCUACCCGAGCAGCUCGUACAGAAGGCGGCAUCUCAGUCAUCUCCAGCAGUGACUCAGCUUUUUAGUAUCCAGUCCUCAGGUGGCCUGGCUGAAGUCGAGCUUUCAGACUGGCACUCAGUGACUGUGCAGCGCUUGCAGCUUUUGUCCAGCAUUUGCAGGAACUCCUCUCUCUGGAACCUCACUCACACUCCGCUGCGCAAGUUUGUUCUCGACCGCAUCUUUGUUUGCGACAAAUACAAGAUCCUUUUCUGCCAGACACCCAAGGUUGGCAACACGCAAUGGAAGAAGGUUCUCAUUGUUCUCAAUGGAAAGUUCUCCAAGGUUGAAGAUAUACCUGAGAAUGUGGUCCAUGACCACGAGAGAAAUGGUUUACCUCGCCUGUCCUCUAUGAGUGACGCAGAGAUCACUGAAAGAUUACAUACAUACUUUAAGUUCUUCAUUGUCAGAGACCCCUUUGAGCGUCUCAUAUCAGCCUUCAAGGACAAGUUUGUGAAGAACCCGCGCUUCGAGCCAUGGUACAAGCACAACAUAGCACCUGCCAUUAUUCGCAAGUACCGCAAAAGCCAUCAAGACACUGGCGAAAGUGCUGGCUUGCACUUUGAGGACUUUGUCCGUUACUUGGGCGACGAGCCUGGCCGACAGCACCUGGAUCAGCAGUUCGGCAACCACAUCAUCCACUGGUUAACCUACACUGAACUGUGUGCUCCAUGUGACAUUUCGUACGAUGUGGUCGGACACCAUGAGACUCUUGAGCUUGACGCCCCGUAUAUUCUGAAAGCUGCUGGGAUUGCAGAUUUGGUGUCGUACCCCACCAUCCCACCAGGGAUAACCCGUUACAACCGGACCAAGAUGGAACACUACUUUUCUGGAAUCAGCAAGCGGGACAUUCGCCGCCUCUAUGCUCGUUACCAGGGUGACUUCAGCCUUUUCGGCUAUCACAGACCCGAUUUCCUGUUUGACUGAUGAGAUGCUUGCUAUGUCUAUUUUUGAGGAACACCCAACUAAAGGAUAUUUUGUAAUAUUGGAGAGUUCUCCCAGAUUGUUUUCUGUUGCCUGAUAGAGAUGGUAUUGAAAAUUUGCCGUUUUGCACUGAUCUUGGACCAGCUACGUGGAUUUCAUGGUCAUGAUUUUAUUACAUGAAGCAGUGUUUAGGUCACACUAAGAAGCAGCUGCAGCUAAAAAAGUGGAGCAGCUAAAAAGGACAUGCUGGGUUUUAAAGCAUCAUUCUGGCAAAGCUGAUUGCUGCCUUGUUACUGCUUGGUUCCAGUUUUUGAGUCUUGAUAUUUGGUUGCUACUGUAUUUGCCAUAUGAAAAUGAAAGUGCCACAUACUGAUGUUAGUUAAGAAAAGGUACUUGUAAUCUUUUACUAGAAGGAACUGUUCCCCUUUGAAAAUGAACUUGCAUACACUCUCUGACUUUAGAACAAAAUAAUGGUCUUCCUGCAACUUUCUGUAGAACUGGAUGAUGCUGUUCCUCUCAGAUUCCUUGAUUUCUGAAGCUGUACAGUAUUGUGCACAUGUUUGCCUUUUAAUUUAAAUUCCAGUGAAAAGUACAGUAUUAGCAACAGGUUAUGAAGAGGUUAUUCAGCAUUACAGGGAAAAAAAAACAAAACACUUAAAUAACAGCAGAUUACAAAGAAGCCUCAACAACUAAACGCAAUAUUAGAUUUCUCAGUAUUUUAGACUUUUUCAGUUUUCUAAAUAAAUAUGCAUGAAUAUUCUUCUAAACCUCCAAAAUUUAGUCUUAGACGUUGGCUACAUUUUCUGUUUCUCACAAUAUAUCUUAACAGUGACAAACAUGAAAAAAUGGAGUGGAUCACUUCAUCCUUCAAAAAAAGAAAAAAAAUUCCCAUUUUAAUUGAAUCCUGACUAACUUAAAUUAAAAGUUCAUUAAAUUAGAUUCUAGUGCCAGUUUUCUUCCUUUUUUAUCUCCUUCCAUUUCUCAUCAACGCCGCCUUAACAGCUACACAUCCUUUCAGGCUCAUGCCGUCGAGUGGUCUUCUCACAGUGGAAGGAUGGACAGGAACACAACAAUCAAGAGGGAAGCUUGGUUUUCUCCUCUCUCUCUCCAAGAUGAUUGCUUAUGAAAGUUUAUCUGAUGGUGACAGAUUUUGUGGUCUACCUGGUUAUGAGUUUCAUUUUCACAGUAUUUUUUAAAUCAUUUGUUGAUGAGGCAUCUGUGUAAUUUUCUGUUAUAGACUUUUUUCUCCUGACAUUGAAAAUUGAAUAACUUAAUGGCUGUUUGAUCGGAGAUAAAAUAGACAAAAGUUUGGUCUUUAACUUUUGCGUAGUACCAAGUGUGCGAGAAUCAUAUAAGUUCAGACCACAAAAGUUCUAACAGCUUUGUUUACAUCAUUGUAAACAGUACAUUUUAAAGGUCUUUAUCGUUGCACCAUUAUGGGGCAAGAAAGUUGUUCUGAGCUCUUGAAGCAUCUACAGACAGUUUUGUUAAAGUAAAUCACAGAGUUGCUCUAAAGUAACGAACCUGUGUGCUGCACACUGAAGAUUCUUCUCCAUUUUCUUUUUCAGGUACUAUAGUUAUCAUUUUGAGGGCUGUGGGUUUUGGGAAAUUGCCUGUUUUGUUUUUUUGGGACACAUACAUCAACUUGUCUUCCAAACAUCUGCCUCUCCGACUCCACUUAUAAAACUGACAGAGGAACAUAGUUUAUUUACUAAUAGGAUAUUAUUGAAGAAUCUCAACAACAAUUUCUAAUAAAUAUUAAAAUGUCUCACA